UGUUAGGGGAACCAUUUUUAAUACCAUUGUAUACAAGUGAAAUAAAAAUGCUGAAUUAUAUAAGUUUGUUGUGUUCUGUAGGGUUUUUAAGCGUGAUUAAAAGUGAUAUUUCAAAAUUACUGAAUUGUUCCCUGUGGAAUGACACAAAAGGCACUUGUAAAGAUUGUAACCCCGGAUUUUCCGGAAUAAACUGUUCACAGCAAUGCAGUUAUCCAAACUAUGGUUUAAAAUGUCAAAGUUUUUGCAACUGUCCAGAAAGUGUAUGCGAUAGUCUCCAUGGAUGUAGCUUUAACACAACCACAAUCUACCCUGUAGGCAAGGAGUUAUCAUCAUGCAGUCCUGGGUAUUUUGGAAUAAACUGUUCCUGGCCAUGCAGAUACCCUAACUAUGGUGAAAACUGUCAAAGUGAAUGUAACUGUGAAAAAAGCUUUUGUAAUGUAACAUACGGAUGCAAUGUGGACGAUGUAAAGCCAACAGUACAAACUACGUUUAAUGAAAACCAUGAUGUUGGAAGAGCUGAUUUCUCCAUCAACAUGUUGGCGUUAGGAUCAAUAGUCUCCGUUGGAUUUUUACUCGUGAUCAUCUCAAUAAUAGUAGCUGCUGUUAUAUGUACCAAACACAUUUCCCACAGAAUGCAAAUGUUAGAUAAAUGUAACUAUCCUGCAACAGAGCAUCAUAUCACGAACAGAAGCUUCGAUACCUCAGAGGACAUGAUGAGUUAUGAAAGGCGUCCCGUGUCUUCCUGUGAUCAUUUAUAUAUUAAUUUGACUUGAUAUCAGCUUUUAAUUUCUUAAAGGUUUCGUCUUCAUCUAUUUAAACUGAUAUGGUUGAUGACU